UGAAUGAUCCGAACUGGAGAAUUUGUGUUUGCCAAGAACCAAAGAAAAUUGGUCACCCCCUCGUUUAUCUGGACGAGUGUCACACUUCCUCACUCGGGACUAAUCUGGACGAGUGUCUUUGCACGCACUUCCUCGCUCGUUUGUUAUAGAUAUAUACAUAUUUUUUUCUCAUAAUCUACAAAAACUUAAAAACAUAAAAACGGAAGAAAAGGAGGUAAGAAAUAACAUAGAGAGAGAUAUAUAUACACACGCACAUAUAGGUGUUUGGUUUCAUCGUGCUAAUAGCCUAAUACAACUUGUAAUUUGAGGUUUGAAUUUGAUAGGUAGAAAUGGCGAGCUCGGCCGAGGUAACCCAGAGCGGUUCCAAAGAUGUAGUUUCCGUGGAACUUCCUGCUCCUCCUGGUUGGAAGAAAAAGUUCAUGCCCAAGAAAGGAGGGACCCCUAAGAAGAAUGAGAUCAUAUUUGCAUCCCCAACAGGAGAGGAGUUCUCUAACAAAAGGCAGUUGGAACAGUAUCUGAAAUCACACCCCGGCGGUCCAGCUAUAUCAGAGUUCGAUUGGGGAACAGGUGAAACCCCAAGGAGAUCAGCCAGGAUCAGUGAGAAGGCAAAGGCAAUUUCACCACCAGAUAGUGAGUCCCCGAAGAAACGAAGCAGGAAAUCUUCUGCGAAAAAGGAUAUUAAAGAAAAAGAAGUUUCCCCUGAAGAAACUGAGGUGGUGAAAGAAGUUCACAUGCAAGAUGUAGAAAAAACUGAAAAGGAUAAUGCAGGUCCAGAAAUUGAGAAGGAUGAGGUGGUGAAAGAAGUUCACAUGCAAGAGGUAGAGAAAACUGAAAUGGACAACGCAGAUCCAGAAAUUGAGAAGGAUGAUGUGAAGAAAAAUAAAAAUGCGACCGAAGAUACAGACGGCAAAUCAGAAGAUGCUCCUGAAGAAGCCAAGGUUGGCCAAAAUGUUGAAAUGCCUACUGAUUCUGAAGAACACAAGAAGAACGCAAAAGGAGAACUGGGAGAUUCAAAAGAGACCAGAGUUGGGCAAAUAGCUGAUGUUUCUGAAGCAACUCAAAGUGAUAAAGGGAAAAUGGAGGAUGUGCAGGCUCAAGAAAAGGAGCAGCAAACACCAGCUGAGGCAGAGAAAGAGAAUGGCUCUGGGCAACAGGACAAAACAGAUGCAGGCAUAACCGGGGAAAAGAAGUACGAAGUGGAAGGACAGGAGGAGAAGCAUGAAAGCGGUGUCUUUGGCUGUGAAGGUGAAACUGAAGAGAAAGCAGCAGCGAAUGGAAAUAACGCCAAAAAAAAUAAUGUGAUGGACCAUGAUAUGAGCAACAAAGCCGAGGGAGAAACGAUCGAGAAUGGCAGCCUCAGCAACAAGGCCAGUGAGGUCAACCCUUGAGUUAUCAUAUAGUAGUAGAAUGACUUGAUACUUCUCUCAAACCUUUCUGACCUUCAUAGGUUUGUGGGUUCCUUCAGAUGAGUAGUAUUGUCUGUUGUUAUAAUAAUAUUCUGAUUGUCCAUGGAAAAAAGUAUGUAAAAUAAUAGAUUAGGCCUGCUGGAGCUUUUGUUAUAUUGAGGGGACAUGUAGUGUGCAGAGAUCUUUGUAAUCACUAUCUUAGAUCAUAGUUUAGGCCUCCAAUUCCACAGCUUUUGUUGCAUUGGAGGGACUUGUAGCUUGCAGAGAUCUAUGUAAUUUAUGUUGUCAAAACUGUUAUUGCAAUAAGUGCUUACGUAUGCAAUUACUGAUCCUAUGAACUCAUAUUCUGGUUC